UAAUUAACCAUGGCGGUGGAAGUCGGUGCACAGUUUGACACCUAUGAAGAUUUAACGAAUGCCAUCAAGGCAUAUGAGGCAGAACAUUUUGUCAAUUUGAUCAUUAGAGAUACACGAAAAGUGGAAGCUGCUGCAAAACGAAACCAACGUAAAACUUAUAAUACUGCCAUUAAAUAUAGUGAUAUCUCAUACUGCUGCACUUACGGUGGGAAAAAGUAUGUUUCACAUUCCACUGGUAAAAGAAACCACAAGUAAGUACCUUUUAAAUUUUGAUGAUGUUACAUUUCAUUAAAAAAGAUUGUUGUGAAUAAUUUGUAGGCCUUAUCAGAUUAUAAAAAAUGGCAUUACUGACAAAGCAUUGUUUUUUUUUUCUAAUCUAUCAAAUUCUAAGUAAGUACCUUUGGUAUAGUUCCACCAUUGCAUAUUGUGUCUGUUUGAGCUUUUAUUUGAGUUUUAUUAAUUGAUUGUUAACAAAUUCUUUAGACAUACAAAAUUGGUUAAUAAAACUUAUUAAUUUAUGAUAAGAUGGCUUUCAGAAAUUACUUCAUGUACUUGACUUAAUGUAAUUAUAAUGUCUUUGUUUAUUUUCAAUGCAUUAUCCUGUGAUUUUUUUGUUUUGUUUUUCAAAACCUUUUAUUAGCUCCCUUUACUGUCACAGUUGUUUCCUAUAUGUGAUCUCCAUUUUUAUCUCAACAGAACAAUAAAGCAGGCAUGCCCUUUCUCUUUGAAAGUUAGGGCUACUGUAGAUGGGCAAAGACUUUUUAUUAGAGAAAUGAGCUCCCUUCACAAUCAUGAAAUCUCAGAGGUAUUUUUAAAAAAUUAAAAUUAUUCAUUAAAUUUUAAACUAAGAAAAGCAAUGGUGUCAUAAAUUAACAUUAGUCACUAAGUAGAUUUAUUACUAGACACUAAUUAACAGAUCUUCUUAAAUGUGGAUUCUCACUUAAAAACUUAUGAAUAUUUAUCAAUCUGUAGAAAUAAUGAAUAUCAUAAAAAAUAUGUGUUGCAACAACUAAAUUAUAAUCACUGAAGCUUAUACUGAAUCUACUUUUGUUAUAUAUAUAAUUUUAAAACUAAACUGUGUCCUAUAUACUCAGUCCACUAAUUAUUUUUUCCUUACUUGCAUGCAGGCAGAAUUUAGGCUCCACCCAAAGCAAAGAAAACUUGAUAUUAACUCCCAGGAGGAAAUUGCAAACUUGUUGUGUAUGGAACCAGAUAAAAAGCUACUUCGAGAUAAGCUUAUGCAGAUAACUGGUAAAGUCAUUCUAAUGAAAGAUAUACAUAACAUCAAGACCCGGUUGGUAAACCCAAAACUAAAACCGGGAGUCCCAAAGAAAGAGUCAUUGUUUAAGGAAGACGCCACAGAUCACAGUGGCGCAGAGAUGGAGCCUGGCAUGCAUGAGUCCAGUGAGAUUCAUCCUCAACCAGAAGUUGAUGUACCAAUAGCUAGCAUAUCCGCAUCACAACUGACCAACAAUAAUCAGCAGCACCCCACAAUGGCUGAACCACAAAACUCUGAUUCUCCUAUUAAUCAGCACUGUUAUGUGGAUACACCAACUUAUCAACCAGCACACAACUUGUAUACUGUAAAUACGCUGUCGUUUCCUUCCACCCAGUUUUAUGGUUUGGCUGCUCAACCUUUCCACCAAACUUCACAAAAUCUUGUCACCUGCAACAAUGUUAUGCACGAUGUCCAGCAGGUGGACUCCCAGAAUUUAGGGAACUCGCACAAUUUCCAACACUGGACCACAUUAGAGGAUAUAGGCAGACAGGCAAUGUCAGAUGCAAACUACCAAACUAUUACAGCUCUUACAUUCACUGAACCCCAUAACGGUGAUCAUCUGCCCACUGGGCAACAGCAAAUCCCUCCACAUACCAUUCAAACCACCCGUCCUGAUACUGUGCACACUGUCCUUCUUGACGCCCCUAACACAAAUAUACCAACUAACCACGAGUACGCACAAGAUCCAAGGACAUCAAAGCUAAAAAAACGUAGGUGGAAGGAACGAACAUCAAACAGUGGAACAAAAAAGAAAAGGAAAUCUGCAAUACAAGCUGAUAAAGACAGUUUAAUGAAAAAAUAUUUCCAGCAGGCUACUGUGAAUUUAUUCUUUAAUGAACGAUUAAAAUCCCCUGGUGAGUUUUUUAAUAUCAUUUCUGUGUAG